UAUAUGGAGUAGCAAAGUUUUGAUUUAUUAUGGUAUGGGGGGUUUUGAUUUGUUUUCUAAUGGGAAAAGGAAAUGAUAAUUGACAGGAACUUUGUGAUACUAGGAGGAGAGGAGGGGUUCCAAAUGCUCGUUGAUGCCUUGGUUUGGGAUUCAGACGCCUUACGUUGUUGCAUAUUGCAUCAUGUUCCUUUAACUGGCCAUGCUUGUCUUUGGGAAUCAUGGAUCACUUAAUCUCCUGGGAAUGUUAAAAUCAGAAGUAGACUGUCAAAUAUGUUGGAGAGCCAAUGACCCACUUGAAAUCCAUUGCUUCCUCUGCGAGCAGCUGAAGAAAAGCCUGUCUUCUGUUCAAAUAAAUGGAGGUGAAAGUUUAAAUGUGCAACACAAUAAGAGCUCUACUUCUGUUCAAAUAAAUGGAGGUGAAACUAUAAAUGUUGGAGUGGAGGUAGCUAAUUCGGAAGUAGAAUACAUUGAAUCUGAGAACUUAAGUGAUCUAGAAGAUGUUGAUACAUGUCUUAAGAAGCUCUUACCUGGACUUGACUCUAAAGAUUGGAUUCUGGUUGUUGAAACACUCAAUAAUGUUCGUCGAUUAUCAAUAUUCCAUGAGGAAACAAUGCAUAGUAUGUUUUAUCUGGGUGUUGAGGGAAUUAAAGAAUAUGGAAUUGACAAAUUGAUACAAGUAGCUGCAUCCCAACUAAGCGACCAGCUCCCAGAGUCACGGGAGGCUGCUCGAACCCUUCUUUUGGAGCUGCAAACUGUAUAUGAGAAGUCCUACGGUCUCUCAACUGUAGUAUCUGAGAAUCCAAAGAUGGGCUCUUCGGAGAACUUUUGUCUGUCAAAGCUCUCUCCUUUAAGUGCACAAGCAGUGCUUUGUGUGACAACAAACAUCGCUCGGGAAGGUCUCGUUAUUGAUUCCUAACGAUAUUGAAGGUGUAGCAGAGGAUUCAAUCUCUUCAAGCUGGAAAAGCCAAGGCUUAGCACUUCUUCAAGUGGAAUGUUAUUUAAUGUUUCAUUCCAUGGUCGUUUAUAUUAGUCAGAACUUGAAUUUGGAGUUAUUGAAAUAGGGUUUUAUAGCUACUUUGUGUACUAGCUUCUUUAACCAUGAUUAUUAAUUAUUACGUGUUUUGUAGCUUCUUUUAUAAUUAGCCGAGUUAAUAUAGAUCAGACAAACUGUGAGGUAGAUUGCUCAUUUAUUUAAACAUAAUAUUUAAAUUCUAAAUUUAAAUUCAUUAAUUUUUAUA